CGAACUGCUCACAAGGGGGGAAUAUUUUGGACGUGGUGUCUGUGUGGUUCCCGUUAUCCUCCGCCCCCAGUGUUCGGCCCGUUUCCUGCCUGAUCUAUAUUCGGGCAUCUUUUUUAUGAAUAAUCAAAAGCAACAAAAGCCAACGCUAUCUGGCCAGCGUUUUAAAACCCGAAAAAGAGAUGAAAAGGAGAGGUUUGAUCCUACUCAAUUCCAAGACUGCAUUAUUCAAGGCUUAAAUGAAACUGGUAACGACUUGGAAGCAGUAGCAAAGUUUCUUGAUGCUUCAGGGGCAAAGCUCGACUAUCGGCGCUAUGCAGAAACACUCUUUGACAUUCUGGUGGCUGGCGGAAUGCUGGCACCAGGCGGAACUUUGGCCGAUGAGGUGAUUCGCACUGAUGUCUGUGUGUUUUCUGCACAAGAAGAUCUUGAAACCAUGCAGGCAUUUGCUCAGGUUUUUAACAAGUUAAUCAGACGCUACAAAUACCUGGAGAAAGGCUUUGAAGAAGAGGUCAAAAAGCUGUUGCUGUUUCUGAAAGGUUUUUCAGAAUCUGAGAGGAAUAAGCUAGCUAUGCUAACUGGUAUUCUUUUGGCCAAUGGGAAUCUUUCCGCAUCAAUACUUAACAGUCUGUACAAUGAAAACUUGGUCAAAGAAGGUGUUUCUGCAGCAUUUGCAGUAAAACUGUUUAAAUCAUGGAUUAAUGAAAAAGAUAUCAAUGCCGUUGCUGGUAGCCUCCGAAAAGUGAACAUGGACAAUAGGUUAAUGGAACUUUUUCCUGCAAACAAGCAAACUGUAGAACACUUCACUAAAUACUUUACUGAUGCAGGAUUAAAAGAAUUGGCAGAAUAUGUCCGGAACCAGCAGACAAUUGGUGCUCGCAAAGAGCUUCAAAAAGAGCUUCAGGAAAUGAUGUCACGUGGAGAACCUCUUAAAGAGAUAAGUAUGUACGUGAAAGAUGAAAUGAAGAAAAACAAUAUUUCUGAGCAAACUGUUAUUGGUAUCUUAUGGUCCAGUGUAAUGAGCUGCGUGGAAUGGAAUAAAAAGGAGGAGCUUGUUACAGAGCAAGCAAUCAAACACUUGAAGCAAUACAGCCCUCUCCUUGCUGCCUUUACAACACAAGGUCAGUCAGAACUGACUUUGCUGCUGAAAAUUCAGGAGUAUUGUUAUGACAACAUUCACUUCAUGAAAUCCUUCCAGAAAAUAGUAGUGCUUUUUUAUAAAGCUGAAGUUCUGAGUGAAGAACCCAUUCUGAAGUGGUACAAAGAUGCACAUCUUGCAAAGGGAAAAAGUGUGUUCCUGGAGCAAAUGAAAAAAUUUGUUGAAUGGCUUAAAAAUGCAGAAGAAGAAUCUGAAUCGGAGACUGAAGAGGGUGAUUGAAUUGUAUUGUUGUUGUCAGUAAGCAAACACAGGAGCUGUAGAUAAACCUUCAUGUCCCAUUCUGCCAUUGUGUCCUGAUUCUUACAUCCUACCUCCUGUAUCAAGCAUGAUAUAAGGGCUUUCAUCAUUUCUUUUUUUUUUUUUUCUUUUUUUUCUUUCCCCCUGAUCACUACUGUCAACUUUUUUUUUUUCCCUAAAAAAAAAAGUUUUAAGUAGUAACAAGCUGUCUAGAGCUCCGUUUUUUUUUUUUUUGUUUUUUUUUACCCUCUACCUCCUGUAUUUUCUACUGUAAUAAUGUAAUUUAAGGCCUUUGAAAAAUUAACAAUUCGUUUUAUCCCUUGGUUUUCUAUUAAAAUAAAGUUUAAAAUCA